AUGAAUUCGACGUGUCAAGAUAUUAUUGAUGCGAGAUGGCAUAUCCCGCCGCACGCUAUCCCGAUACCGCAUCCAUGUGGGAGGCAACAAGCGCAUGAGCGCAGCAGGUUUCAGUUUUCUCCAAUUCACAGCUUCACACACCCCUCCCCUCCCCCCCCCGCGCCAUGGCUUCCUCCGCCCUGCUACUGCUCCUCUGCGUCUGCUCUCUGCAGCUCUUCCUCGCCUCAGCGCAGAGGCCCAAGGCCCCUCGUCCUCCCUAUCGCCAAGGACGCCGCCAGCCUCCAGUACGUCGCCCGCCUGACCCAGCGCACCCCGCUCGUCCCCCUGCAAGCGGUGGUUCACCUCGGCGGUGGCUUCUUCUGGGUCGACUGCGAACGCGGCUACGCCUCCUCCACCUAUCGUCCCGUCCGCUGCCGCACCGCCCAGUGCGCCGCCGCCCAAACAAAAAGCUGCAGUAGCUGCAACCUCGCUCCCCGGCCGGGCUGUAACACGAACAGCUGCAGCUUCUUCCCGGGGAACCCCUUCAUCCAGACCAGCACCUCCGGGGAACCCGCGGAGGACGUGCUUUCCGUCUCCUCCACCGACGGGUCCAACCCCGGCGCCGCCGCCGCCGUCCCAGAUCUCAUCUUCGGCUGCGGCCCAAGCUUCCUCCUCGAGGGCCUCGCUCGGGAGGCCACGGGCAUCGCCGGGCUCGGGCGGAAUCGGGUCAGCCUGCCCUCCCAGCUGGCGAAGGCGUUCAGCUUCCGCCGCCGAUUCGCUCUCUGCCUCUCCUCCGCCGUCGGUGUCGCCUUCUUUGGCGGCGGGCCCUACAGGCUCCUUCCCGGCAUCGACGUCUCCAAGCCGCUCCUCUACACCCCCCUCUUGGUCAAUCCUGUCAGCACGGCCGGAGUUUCCUUUAAGGGGGAGCCCUCCGUGGAGUACUUCAUCGGGGUGACCUCCGUGAAGAUCAACGGGAAGCCCGUCGCACUCAACAGGACCCUGCUGGCCAUCGACAAGAAGACGGGGCUCGGGGGCACCAAGAUCAGCACGGUGAAUCCCUACACCGUCCUGGAGAGCUCCAUCUACCGGGCCGUGGUGGCGGCCUUCGCGAAGGAGAGGACCCUUCAACGGGUGCCACCGGUGAAGCCCUUCGGGUUCUGCUUCAACUCCACCGGAGUCUGGUCCACGCGGGUGGGGCCGGCAGUGCCGCAGAUCGACCUGGUGAUGCAGAGCGACCUGGUCUUCUGGCGGAUCUUCGGGGCCAACUCGAUGGUGGUCGUGAACGAGGGCGUCUCCUGUCUCGCCUUCGUCGACGGUGGGACGAACCCGAGGACGUCAAUCGUCGUGGGGGGCUACCAGCUGGAGGACAACCUGCUGGAGUUCGACCUGGCGGCGUCACGGCUGGGUUUCAGCUCGUCGCUCCUCUUCCGGCAGACUACCUGCGCCAACUUCAACUUCACCUCGACCCGAUAG